ACCUCUCGGACUAGCCGGUUGGUGCUUCUGGGGCAUGUAGGUCACUUUCGUCGCGUUUUCGUCAAUAUUUUACUCCUCCAGCCACCUUAUGUUCUUGUAACACCGAGUGCCUGACAGCCUUGUCUGUGUGUAGUGAGAAACCCAGCGACCCGUUCUAAUCAAAACCGCAACGCCAAGCACCGCAGACUCAAGUCCACGUCAACGGAAGUGACAUAUGUUUACACCACAGCUUCCCGCUAAGCCUAAGACAAAUUCGAUCAACUGGCCAAAUGUAAAAGUGUGUAUCGAUCACUUCGAGGCAAAUGAAUGACACCGUAUGUUGCGGGCAGCGAACGGAGCAGCGCAGCAGCCCAAAGACACCCUGUAGAUCUUGCGAAAUGAGCACCUGACAAGUUUCGAGAUGAGCAAACGCAUGUUACAGCAGCGGUACCCCAAAGGCAAAACAGUUGCCCAACCGGCUCCAGCACAACCUCCUGAGGGAGUGAUGCCGCAGUGGCAGGGAAGCACGGCGGCUUUUCAGGCAACCGCAGUCCCUGGCGGCCCCGGCGCUUUUCCCGACACUCAACCUCAGCUGCAGCAACAGGAGAACAGUCAGAGUGGUUGGGACGCCACGGCCUACGGCGCUAGGCCUGCAGUCUCGAAUGCUGGAGGGGUUGAGACAGACUGGGCAUGGGGAACUCCCAUCAACGUCCAGGACCCCGCCAGCGUGGCUGCGCCGGCACACCCCUGGAGCUGGGGCGGAGGAGAGGCGACAGCCCCGACCCCUUCGUGGCCCCAGCAGCCGGCCACCGACGGCUAUCCCUCCGGCGACUACAGCUCCGGAAACUACGCCCCUCAAGGCUACCCUUCUGAUGGCUACACCCUCGAGAGCUACCCUUCCGGAACGUACCCUCCCGAAACCUGCCCUCCCGGGGGCUACCCCUCUGGGAACUACUCUGCCGGCGGCUACAACCCCGAGAGCUACACCACCGGGGACUACCAGUCGGGAGACUACGCCUCGAUGGCGCCAGCAAGUGCUGCCCAGUUUUCCGCCGCCGCCGCAGUGGCCCCCCAGUCCUUUGCACCCCCGGAUCAGGCCCCGCAAGAAGGCUGGAUGGCACCACAGUGGAAUGACCCUCAGUGGGGUGCUGGUGUUGUGGACCCCGCGGCGCAAGGGAGCCUGCAGGCACAGCCUUGGGUCACACAGCAGUGGGAUGCCACAACUCUGCAGCAAGACCAACAGUGGUCCAGAGCACCGGACGAACAAUGGCAGGACGGCACAAUGCAGCAGUCGUCGCAGGAGCAGUUCGACGCCACUCACGCUCCUUCGAGUUACGCAAGCUCGGCAGAAGUCAUUCCGGAAGGAGAGGCUGGCCACGGAGAUGUUGGAGUGCCCCCUGAGCAGCGGACCUUUGCACCCGUGGAACUGCCCUCACUAGUCUCUUCACCCGGCGAGGCAGGGACGCCGGCAGACCGGGGUCUCCCCACAGGAAUGGACGCUUCUGAGAGGGGUGGAGAAGAUUCGACCCGGGAGGAGCGGGCGGCGGACGGAGGCACCGUGUCCGUGUUUUUCCGAGACUCGGACGACGCGGUCGCGUGCCCCGAGAGCGGAGCGGUUCCGGGUUCGGACUGUGCGGACCACUCGCAGUCGGAGCUGCACCAUGAGCACCUGCAAGCAGACGGCGACUACGACCGCCUGCAAAUGGAAGGCCACUGCGAAGCGUCGGCUGGCUCGCAGGCAUCCCUUUCCGUCGAAGAACCGGUGAAUCAAGAAGUGCCUGAACCUGUGCCUGUGCUUAGUCAGCAGGAGCAUGGCCUUGCCUCGGCGCAGGCUUCCCAGGAGGUGGGGUUUGAGGUGGCCCACCGGGAAGGGGCAGAGCUUGCCCAGAGCCCCUCUGCGGCCAAGAAGGCGGUGAUCAAGGCCAGGCAGGGCAGCCCCUUCAGGCCCCCCGUUGCCAGGCAGGGCUCGGAGAAAGAUUACCUACGGGUUAUCUACCAAUUGUUAUGGUAUUUUUGGCAUGCGCUGCUGCAGCAGAACGCGGCACAGCUCCAUCUGCCCCCUCCGGCGCGACUGACCGAGGACGCGGAGUCAGCGCCCGAGAACCUGGAGCUCCCGCCGGACGCCGAAGAGAAGCACGCGUCGCUGCGGCACCCCAAGCACAGGACGGCGCCCCUUCCGCCCCUGGACGGGGCCCCGGGGGCGGCCCUGGGACCGGCCCUCACCCUGCUGGACGCCCCCGAGAUGCCCCGCCUGGUGACGCUGGCCCCCGCAGCCCCGCCCGCCGAACGGCCGCCUUCCGGCGCGUCCAACUCGGGUGUUCAGACGUGUCCAGAGCCCGCGGAAAGCUUGAGGGCCCCACUGGAGGGGGAGGGCUCCCCGGCCCCACCAGCGGAGAGGGUCCGUCCCCAGGGGCAGAGGGAGGCCUCGGUGCCCAUGACCCGUCAGAGCCCCCUCGGAGGAGAGGAGGGGGACGGGCGGCAGCCAGCCCCACCGCCACCUCAGGACAGGCCGCAGGCCCAUGCAGCACUCGCCGCUAGCCCUCCGCUGGUCGACUCCGCCCUGCCCGAGAGGACAGAGCCCUCUGGAAGCACCGACAGAGACGCUCAGGUUAUCCCCAUGGUCACAGCAUCAUCUCAGAGCCUGACCUCUGGCAUCCGACCGAACGCAACCUCGACCCCCACGAUCCGUGCGGACCCCUCGACCUCUAUGCCUUCUCGCAGUCAUCCGGACGACCUCUCCCGUCAUGAGGAGCCGAGGAGGGCUAUGGACAGCGCUAGGGAACCUCGGGACGGUAUGGAGACGAGGGACGCUCUGGACGGCAGGGAGGCCAGCGAAGUCAGGGAUGUUAGGGAAGUUAGGGACAUUCGAGAAGUCAUGGACAUUCGAGAAAGCCGGGAUGGCAGGGAACCUAGGGAUGCUCUGGACGGCAGGGAAGCCAGCGAAGUCCGGGACGUCAGGGAUGUUAGGGACAUUAGAGAAGUUAGAGACCUGAGGGAAGCGAGGGACGUCAGAGGUGGCAGGGAAGCUAGGGAAAGUAGGGACGGCAGGGAUGCUCGAGAUACCGGGAGGGACGAGGGGAAGGAAGACCGCACCGAUAACUGGAGGAGAGAAGAGAGGAAGAAAGAAUGGAGGGAUUCGAGGGAUGAGCGCAGCCUGAGUGAAAGGGAUGAUUCUGACGAUGACCGAAGGAGAGGCGGAUGGGACAGGAAGGGUGCACGUAGAGACGAUCGUUGGGACGAUCGGAGGGACGACCGUAGGAGCGAUCGUAGGGACGAUCGUCGAGAUGACCACAGGGACGAUCGUAGGGACGACAGGAGAGACGAAAGAACAGGCCUUGACAGGAGGGAUGACAGAAGAGACAACCGGAGGGACGACAGAAGAGGCGACGAGAGACGCUACGACAGCCGAGACGGUCGACGGGACCCUCGGAACGACAUGUGGAAAAGUGAGGGGUCGGACCGCAAAUCUGACCGUCAUUGGGACUCUAGCAGUAGGCAGCGGGGCGACUACCGGUACGAAGACCGGUAUGAAGAUCGCUACGGAGACCGGCACGGCGACCGCGGCCGUCCCUCGAGCCGGUCAUCGGUCGACGGCUAUGCUGAAACGUCGGACUUGCGCCGGGGCGACCGUAGGCGCCACCUGAAGGACGGUGGCGCAGAGCGGGUGCCGUCGCGCCACAGCGAGUCGGACGGUUCUUCCCCAGAAUCGAGGAAGGGCAGGCUCCGGCGCCACCGGGACCGCGAGAACGAGUUUGGGGCGGCAUACUACGCCGCUCAGCAGAAGGGUUACGGGACCGAUCCAUACGACUACAGCGCAUAUCGACGAGACUACUACAACUACUACCAGUAUGGCUAUGCGCCUCGUUCGGGCUAUGGCUAUGGCUAUUACGACGAGCUGUAUAGGACAAAUCCUGCCUACAAGCAGCAGGUGGACGAGCGCUACCGGGAGUACUACGCCCGGCUGGGCUACGACCCGGCUUACCUGGACCGGCUGAGUGUGCACUCUGGCCGGAGCUCGGCCAACGAAGACUCACGCAGGGACGAGAGCUUCUGCAGCAACACGGAGGACGACUGCGACCCCUCCAUCCUGGACGGAUACACGGAGUCCACACGGCUCCACGAAGUGUCUGGCGAAAGGGUGGCCCGUGCGCAGGAGAUGAAGAAGUUCUCGCGGCCACACCCCCUGGCCCGCUUCUCCGGGGCCAACGGCCUCCUCAAGCUCAUUCCAUCCACCAGCACCUCCUUGCCACCCCCCUUGGAGCUGCACGAUCUCAGGCACAUUCUUCAGAAGGAUCCUCAGUUCAAGGAACUUCAAGCAUUUCCUGGACCCCUCAUAAGGACCGAGACUCACAAGAACGACGUGAUCCAGUUCUGCACACAGAAGAUCCAGUCAUUUGCGGACAACCCCAGUCUCCCGGACAGGUCGUCGCACAUCUUGCUCUGGGAGCUCCUCAUCCUCAUGCUUCGUCAGAACGGGUUUGUCUCUGGGUCGGACAUCUCGGAGCUCCUGCUCCGUGGACACGAGAUCCUGGAGCAGUCUUCCCUUGGGGCCCAUCGCCCCGGGGUCGGCGGGGACGGAGCACCCAAAGUCGCCGGCAGUCCCCCAACAGAGGAGGCGGAAGAGAGCAGUCCGUCGCCGGACGAAGGCAUCGUGGUGGCGCAAGACCGGACGGUCCUCGGCACCGGGGGCACCCAAGUGCUCGCCAAGUUCAGGGAGUUCCUCCUCUUUGGCCACAAAAAGGAUGCCCUGGACUGGGCGGUGAAGCAGUCUCUGUGGGGCCAUGCCCUGUCCCUGGCGUCGAAGAUGGACGCCCGUACUUACGCCAGCAUCAUGACCCGCUUCACCAACUCCCUGGCGGUCAACGACCCCCUCCAGACCCUCUACCAGCACAUGUCGGGCAGGCAGCCGGCUGCAGUCACUUGCAUCGCCGACGAGAAGUGGGGCGACUGGCGGCCACACCUGGCCAUGAUCCUGUCGAACCCGUCCUCGCGGCCGGAGGUGGAUGCCCGCAGCAUCACCACUCUGGGAGACGUCCUGGCAAGCAAGGGGUGUCUGUCUGCCUCCCACUUCUGCUACCUCAUGGCCCAAGUGGAGUUUGGCUCCUUUGCCUGCAAGUCGAGCAAGAUGGUGCUUCUUGGAUCCAGUCACAUGUUGCCUUUCGAAGAGUUUGCAUCCAACGAAGCCAUUCAGUGUACUGAGAUCUACGAGUAUUCCCAGUCGCUGGCCAACGCUGGCUACAUGUUGCCUCACCUACAGGUGUACAAAUUCCAUCAUGCAACCAGAUUGGCAGAAUAUGGCUUCGUCCAGGAGGCCCUGCACUACUGUGAAGUGGUGGCGGCGGCGAUGGCAAAGGACCCCCCGUGCCUGCCUCUAGGGGUGGCCUCACGGGCCUACCAGCUGGCCCUGCGGCUCAAGUACCAUGACCCCCACUUCAGCCAGGGGCAGGGGGAGCUCGAGGAGCUAGGUGACCCCCCGUGGCUGUCUGCCUUUGCCCUGCUGCUCCAGGCUUGCGGGGAUGGACAGGCCUUCCCUGGACAGGCUGGGUAUGUUGGCUACGAGGCACCGCUGCAUGAAGAGCCGAUCGCAGAGACGGCUCACUACCAGGAGGACAACUCCAGUGCCUCAGGUGCCUACGGGGCAGCCUACCAGGGUUACGACACCUCGGCUGCACAGGCAAACUACAGCUCCUACCAGGACCCGCCCGCCUACGCCGAGAACACAAAUGCGACAGACACCACCGCUGACCAGUAUGCCUUGUCCCAGCGUCAGCAGCAGCAGCAGACGACAUUUAGCACGCAGGGCGCACCGCCCACGUCCAGCUGGAAUUUGGGAGGCAUGCCCCAGGUUGGGACAGACUAUGGCUACGGGAGUGGCGGCACGGCCUCCGGCGUGCACCAGCAGCCCCUGAUGAACGGAACGGCGUCGCAGUUUGCCGAAGCGCCCGGCUCGCCCGCGUCUGCAACGGGCACCACUUCCUUCGACUACUACCAAGCCAGCAUGCACUCCGAGGCCCAGCAGCAGGCACGGCGGACAUCGCGAGAACGGCUCAGCAGCAUCAGCAGUGCCGCCGACCCCCGGGAUUCCCGGCGCGACAGUGUCGACAGCAGUGGGUUCAUGGGACGUCCCAGGGUGCCCUCGGGGCCCAGGGGCUCCCUCCAGACCGAGACCUCGGGCUCAGACUCCGAGAGAACACGGAGCGCUGGCAACAAGCCUAAGCCCCCGGUGGCUGGGAAAAGCUGGCUAGGGGGAAUCUUUGGGAAGCUGCUUCCCAAAGCGUCGAAUCAGAUGAUUCUCCCAGAUGAUAAGGACCCAGAUAUUGUGUGGGACGACCAGAAGAAGUGCUGGGUGGACAAAAACGCUGGUCCGGGCGAAGCGGAGAACAAGAUGAUGGCGCCACCGUCCGACGAUGCCUUGGGGGGGAAAGCAGCCCCGAUGGUCGGCAAGCCUGGCCAGAACCGGUUCCAGAUGAACAAGCAGCGCGUUUUCAGGAACAAUUAUGUGGACAUCCUGAACCCUGGGGGAGGAGCGAAGACGACCAAGGAGGCGACGUUCCCGGCUCCCGUGGCCCCUGCGUUGCCUGAAUCGGCGGUGGGCCAGGGCCCUCCCCCGCAGUUCUUCAUACCUCAACCACCCUCCGACGGAGACGGCACCACUUCGCAGGGCUUUGAUUUCGUUUCGCCGGCAGCGCCCAGCUUGUCGGACAAUAGCCUGGGGCCCCCGGCCCCCCCUCCCGAGAGCAACGCACCCUACGGAUCAGCGAAGCAGCCCGUAUCGACCCCGAUGAUGUUCGACCCGGCUGAGUUUGCCUCUCGGUCGUCGGACAGCGGCACAGGCCACCAUGUCGGAGGCCUGGGACGGAGAAAAGCCUAUCCAGCGUAGCCUUUCGCCUUCAUUUUCAACCACUCGAUAGUUCUUUCUUUUAUUUUUUUACUCCCUCGAAAACUUCUGUUAUAUGAAGUUGCAUGAAGUUUCGUAAUUUUUGUCUAUGUGUGCAAUUUUUUGUUCCUUUUUUUUUCCCUUUUAUAGCAUGUUGAUUGCGUUUACGUAAACUUCUCCGCGAAGGUUUAUAGAGAAACAAAUUUUAUUUUUGGUAUUGUGACGACUGUUUUAGUGGCGUCAAAAAGAAUAGGGUGCAGAAUGAAAAAAAAAACGAAAUUAUCCUGGCAAUUCAGGUGAGCUGUGUCGUUAUGGCUUUGUUUUUUUGUUGUUUUUUUUCAUCAAAGAUUGCAGCACUGGAUUAAGGUGGACUGAGGACAUCUUGCACAGGAAAAGCGAUUUAGGACUGCGUCUUUCAUUUUGCUCUAGAGUUGCAAGCUCAAAUAGAGGUGUCAAGGUGAAGCAUGUUUAGGGUGUAGGGCUCCCUUUUUCUUCCUAGGUGGGGCUUUCUCCUUGUUCUGUAUAUUUCUGCGAGAGAAGGCAGAUGUACACACUUUAGGAGUAUUCCAAUUUCUGCGACCGGUUUACCGUUAGGUUCGGCGAGUCAUAAUUGCGGCGUCUGCAAACAGUCGUCGAGCCUGCAAGUGCUUUGUGCUUGUCUUUCACAACCAGUGGGGGUCAAGUUGCUGUAUAGACGGUGCACUGUGAGGCUGGGCAAGCUUUUUCGGACUGGAUGCGGGGUGAAGUGUGUAUGAAGAGAGCACAAUUGAAUAAAAAAAGAUGUUGCUAUUCGA